AUGGACCCCCUUUACGUCAUCCUCGCGGUACCGGUCGCGGUCGCCUUCUGUUUUCUCGUCAUACUUCGAAAAUCCCUCCGACGUGGCUGGACAAGACUCCGCCCCCAAGUCAACGAAUGGGCAAGUCUGGCCAUGGUCGCGCUUCUGGAGGCCUUCAAGAAGGGCAUUAAGGACGCCCUGAAGGAGGUCUUCAAGGGGAUUAUCUUGACAAUUCUACGAGAAAUGACGGGCUUUCCGAAGCCUUGUGCCGCUCAGGGCGGUGCAGGUGGACGCUGCCCUGAUGAACCCUUCGUGGUUCACAGAAGGUGUCUUACCCGACGGUACCUUCAUCCGACAAUCUCCGACGCCCCGGUCCUUGGGCUCCAGCGGGGGACCUUACAAAUUAUGUGCUCUCUCGGGAGCUUUCUUGACGACAUGUUUUCUUACGACAUCUUACAUCACGGCAUCUUACAACACGGCAUCUUGCUUGACGACAUCUUGCUUCACGACAUCUUGCUUCACGACAUCCUCCACAUUGGCAUCUUGUAUGACAGCCUCUUCCAUCAUGGAUCUCUUACCGUAUGUCCUCCCAUCACGGCAUCUUCUAGGACGACGUCUUUGGUCAAGACAUCGCCUGCCACGGUUAUCCCCCUAUCACGAAUUGUCCCAUCACUGCAUUUUCCCGGCAUCUUGUAA